AUGAUAAUUGAGACAAUAUAUAUAUGGAUAAUCUGGUUGAUAUUAAAAAUACCACAAUUAGAGAUUAAAGAGACUAUUGAUGCUGAAGUAUAUGAAGAAUUUGCUAUCACUAAUGCCAAAUAAAAAUAUUCAUUAUUCAAUUCCCUUUUGGAUAAUUUUGAAUCCAAAUAAUUACCUCAAUUUAAAGUCAUGCAAUCACUGAAUUAUAUGAUUGUAGAUAAUUCAACAAUUAUUGAAUAUGAUAAAGAAUGUAUACAUUCAUAGAGUAUGAGAUUUUAGAGUAUAAUAUAUCAACAAUGAUAAUCAUAGUAUUUGCCAACAUAAGAGAAAUCACACUUACAUGAAAGAAUUAUUAUUAAGUUUUUAAAUCAUUAACUUUUCUAAUUGUUCCUUUUCAGAGAAACAAUAAUAAUAUAGACUUACAAAUAAUGAUAUAAAAUUGUCAUUUACAUAAUGUAAAGAUAUGAAAGUGAUUGAUUAAUUCAAUUAUUUAUAAAGAGGAUAACUUAUUAUUAUUGUUUGUAGAAUAAUGACAUUAGUAAAAGUACACAUACUCUAUUAAAAGAAUAAAGAAAUAGAUUUGAUUUAACUUUAUGAUUAUUAAAUAUCCUUGAAAGAAUUGUCAAAUUUAUUAAUUCGAUAUUAAGCACACUCAUCAAAUAGGUUUAUUUUGAUUAUAAAUUCCAAAUUAAUGUACUUUACAUCUGAUUAAAUUUAUUUUUAUAAAAUAGAUCUAAUUGAUGAAAUUUAAUUCUCAGAAGAUGGUACAAAAGUUUAUGCAGUAUUAUAUUACUUUUUAUCUUUUAGAUGAGAAAAAGUGUUGUUUAUUAUGUCAAAUUGUAAAAUCCAAAAGUUUAAUUAGUUGAAUUGAUUGAAUAAUAAAACAAAGUCAACAAUAUUAAACUUUUAGCAUUUAAAUGUUGGAAAUAAGGAGUAUUACUAUUAACAGAUAAAGGAUAAUUAAGAUAUCUUGAAGUAGAUUAUAAGGAAUAGAUACAUAAAAUUACUAUUUAUGAUGGAUUUGGAGUGAUUAUGAUUAUGUUAGCAUUGUUUUCAAUCAAAAUAAAUUAUUUUUGA